AUGGGGCGGCAAUACUACAACUACUACAAUCCCUGCUACGACCAUUACCGUAGUAGUCUCUGCUCCAACAGCUACUGAAACCCCCGUCGCACUUGCUCCAGUCAUUACUACAUGCUCCAAAUCAGGCUCAUUUGCUAUCACAUUCGAUGAUGGCCCCAUAGAAGCUGAAAAACAGCAUGCGACGUUCUUUGUCAAUGGUCUAAACUAUCGCUGUAUAUACGAUCAGGCAGACGUUAUCAAACGUAUUGUUAAUGAAGGACAUCAACUCGGCUCUCAUACUUGGUCUCAUUCCGAUCUUGUCAAGUUGUCUGAUGACCAAAUUCGUCUUGAAAUGACCAAACUCGAGGAUGCCUUUCGUAAAAUUGUCGGCAAAGUACCCCGCUACAUGCGACCACCCUAUGGUAGCUAUGACACGCGUGUACGUGGUAUAAUGGCAUCGCUUGGAUAUGAGAUGGUUACUUGGGAUAUUGAUAGCGGUGAUUCUCUUGGAUAUACUGUCCCUCAAUCACAGGACGUUUAUAGAACUAGCAUUAAAAAUGCACCAUUUCCUACUCCACAUUUGGCUCUGAACCAUGAUGUCGAACCAGAUACGAGCAAUAUUCUUGGGCCUUUUGCAUUUUAUUAUGUAAUACAGCAGGGUUAUUCGCCUCAGACUGUUGGUAGUUGUCUUGGAGAUAAAAAAUGGUAUAAAGAAGUAGUCCCCCCCAGUCCUAGAGACGAUAGCUGGGUAUGUUAG